GCGACAUCAACCUUUGUUUGCUUCAGGCUUUAGCUGACUAGCCAUGGAGCCUCCACCGGGUCUUGAAGGUGACGAAGCCACCAAUGCAUCUGCUUCCCGGCGGAGGUUGUUUGAUUCGCACUUGGACUCCGCAGCGAUUGAAGCAGGCCUUGCAGAUGGGUCCUUGAUCCGUGGCACACUCCGGGCCAGCAGCACCAAAGUCAGUAUGGCUUUCGUCCGUGCCGAAGGCUCCAAGAGUCAAGAUCGUGAGUGGGUGGUGCGAGGAUCCAAGAACCGAAACCGUGCCGUGCACGGCGACAAGGUCAUUAUUCAGCCGGUCCUUUAUGGGCGAAGGGACGAGGAUUCAUCCUCUGAGGAAGAGCUUCCAGAGGCCAUUCCAGCCUCAGACUCUGAUGAGGAAGUCGUCUUUGUGAAGCCCAACGUUGCUGGAAGUGCAGCCAAGGGGCGAGAAGAGCAAGAAGUCCAGAUGGCCAAGGUAGUUGCAAUUGCAGAGAAGAAGGGACAAGGUCGGGUCAUAGUUUGCACUUUGCAUCCAGAACGGCCAAAGAAAGAAGAAGUCCUCCCAGAGGACAACUUUGUGAAGGCAAUCCCCACAGACAAACGCUUGCCUGGUAUGCUACUGCAGAUCAACAAUGUCACCCGGAAAGUGCUGAAAUUGCCAGGGAAACUUGAUCCAUUCCAACUGUGGCCCUUGCAGAUUACCACCUGGAAUGAGUUUUCCAAGCAACCCUUGGCAAAGUUGCAAGGCCAGUGCCUUGGAAGGGCAGGAAGCUUGGAAGCCGAAGAGAAGCAUGCUUUGAUUGCCAAUGAAUUGGAUAGCCACGAUGUGGAUUUCUGUGAGGACGAGCUUGACGAAGUAGACGAAAUCGUGCGAAAGGCACAAGAGAACUUCAGCUCUGAGGUUCCUAAUCGAAUGGAUCUACGAGCCUCAAGGAUUUUUACCAUCGAUCCUGCGACCGCUAAGGACUUGGACGAUGCUAUUCACGUAGAUGACGUGCCGCACAAAAAUCAGAUUGAGGUUGGGGUUCAUAUCGCAGAUGUGGCUCACUUUCUCAAGUUGGGCACAAUCACCGACCAAGAGGCACAACGUAGGUCAACCUCAGUCUACUUGAUUGGUCGAGUGCUGCCAAUGUUGCCUCAUGGCCUUUGCAACCAUUUGUGCUCCUUGAACCCAAACGAGCCCAAGCUUUCAUUCUCAGCAUUCUUCCGGCUUUGCAAAAGGACUGGACAGCUGAUUCAAGACCCAGCACCUUGGUUUGCCAAGACAGCCAUUUGCUCGGUGUGUCGGUUGAAUUACGAUCAGGCACAGGAUGUCAUUGAUGACAUCGAGAUCGAAGAGGAGAACCGACCUUCAGUACAUGGUGGCUAUACUUGGCAACAGAUCAAGGAUGACAUCAAGCUCCUGUACGAUGUUUGUGGCAAGGUCCGUAUGGGCCGGCUAAAUGGGGGUGCCCUGACCAUCAGCAAAACCAAGAUGAUCUUCCACACCAUGAACAGCGAAGAUGGAAUUCCUACCGGUUACCACCUGGAGUCCCAUAGUGCCUCUCACUGGGUCAUUGAGGAGCUGAUGCUUCUGGCUAACCGCUGUGUAGCCACUCGUUUGGCUCACUCUGAGCUCUCAGACUUCUCGGUGUUACGAAAUCACAAGCCUCCCGAGGUGAAGAAAUCUCAACAAUUGCAGAAGCUCAUGCGCGAGAAUCUGGGAAUCCGGGACUUUGAUAUGAGCAAUGCUACAGCGAUCUACCGAUCCUGUCAAAAGAUCUACGAGACGCAUGGGAAAAUGCUUGGCUUGUGUGUGGAGAUGAUGAUCAUGCGAGCUGGAAUGCAGCAGGCAGAGUACUUUGUUUAUGGUGCAGAUGAGGGUGAAGACGAGGUGUGUCCGCACCACUUUGCCCUGAACUUCGAUUACUACACGCACUUUACGUCUCCCAUUCGACGGUACCCUGACGUCAUGGUCCAUCGGGUCCUUUGUGCCCUUUUGGACCGUCAACUGGAAGCUAAGGAAGGUGAAGAAGGGGAAGAAACUCGCUAUUUCCAGACCCGAGAAGAAGCUCAAGAGGAGGUGCAGAUUUGCAACACCAAGAGGCUGAACUCUCGGAGGUGCCAAGAGCAGUUGGAUAGAUCAGUUUUUUGCAUUUUCCUUCGAUCCAUGAAGAGCUGGUUCUACACCGUGGGCACAGUUCUGGCAUUGAACCGCAAUGCCAAGGACGGGGAUGGGAUCGUUGUUUAUUGCUCUCAGCUGGGUAGAGAGAGCAAGGUUGCCCUGAGAUCAGAUGGAGGUGAAGGAGAAGAAGGCGAAGACAAAGAAGGUCGGGGUGCAGGGAAGGGGCUUCAGGUACAGCUCUUCAUGAAUGGGGUGAAUGAUGAGUUGAUGCUUCCAAAGAACUGGGAGUGGCAGGGUCGGGGAGCAGUCCAAAUUACCUGGAAGUCUCCACGUGAUGAGAGUGAGCAGAUCCAAAAGCUGCAGAUGCUAUCAUGUGUUCCGAUCGUGAUUAUUCCCACCAACACAGUUCCAAUCGAUUACGCCAUCUUCUUCGUGUCGCCCUUCCACGAAAAGUUUGAAAGCGUUAAGCAAGAGGUCUCUUCAAACGAGGUGGAUGGGUUCGCUUGGACUGAAGAAGACGAAGAAGGCGUCGAGAUUUGCUACGAUGAAGCUUUGGAAGAGCAAGGUGAUUAGCCCAGCCUGUUGAGCAGGGGAGCCUUGAAAAAAAGGUGCUCAUAAUGCAGCAA